CCUGAUUCUGAGUACACUGUGUUUCAGGCUGCUUGGAGCCUGAAAACGCGAGCUUUGACAGAAAUGGUGUAUGUGGAUGAAAUUGAUAUGGAUGAAGAAGGAAUCGCAGAGAUGAUGCUAGAUGAAAAUUCUAUCGCUCAAGUUGCACGACCAGGAACAUCUUUGAAAGUCCCUGGAACUGGCCAAGGUGGGGGCCCCAGUCCAGCUGUUAGGCCAGUAACUCAAUCAGGAAGACCUAUUACGGGAUUCGUGAGACCCAGCACACAAAGUGGACGGCCAGGUACUAUGGAACAGGCUAUAAGAACACCUCGAACAGCUCUCACAGCUCGUCCAAUCACUAGUGCUUCUGGGAGAUAUAUCAGGCUAGGAACGGCUUCAAUACUAACAAAUCCAGAUGGCCCUUUCAUAAAUCUGUCUCGACUGAAUUUAGCAAAAUAUGCUCAAAAACCCAAACUGGCAAAGGCAUUGUUCGAAUAUAUUUUUCACCAUGAAAAUGACGUAAAAAAUGCUUUAGAUUUGGCAGCCCUUGCCACUGAGCACGCACAGUUCAAGGACUGGUGGUGGAAAGUCCAAAUUGGGAAGUGCUACUAUAGGUUAGGAUUAUAUCGUGAAGCCGAAAAACAAUUCAAGUCAGCUCUCAAGCAACAGGACAUGGUUGAUACAAUCUUGUACUUGUCAAAA